AUGGCGCAAGUGCUUCUCAAUUACAAGAGGCCGGUGGACUACAAUGCCCAGCUGAGUAGGGAUCCCAGCUUUCUGUCGGACUUCAAGUCGACGCCGGAACACGCCAUAGUCCAUGCUCUGGGCAACAUCAACAUUGACGAUGACGACCUGAGCGACGAGUACGACUUCAUGGACGAGGACGGCGGCGCGGCGGCGCGGCGGGCACAAGAGCGGGCAGCACGACGCAAGCCGCAGUACAAGUACCGGGAGCUGCUGCAGGGACUGGCGGACCGGAAGAUCAACGAGAUUGUGGUGGACCUGGACGACGUGCAUUCAUUCGAAGAGGACGUGGGCCAGGAGCUCAAGCUGACGCAGUCGAUCGAGGGUAACACGAAGCACUACGUGGAGCUGCUGUCGAAAGCGGUGGAUGAGUUGCUGCCAGAGCCGAGCACAGACGUGUCGUUCAAAGAUGACGUACUGGACGUGCUGAUGGCGCGGCGCAAGCUGCGCAAUCGCGAGCUACAGGACGGGGCGGAGGCGCUGGGCGAUCCGGCGAUGCUGACGGACAUGUUCCCGGCAGAGCUGACGCGACGGUACACGCUGGUGUUCCGGCCGCGGACGUCGACAAUGGAGCACGUGGCAAAGCCACUGGCAGUGCGACAGGUGCGCGGCGAGGAUCUGGGACACCUGAUUACGAUCCGGGCGAUUGCGACGCGGGUGUCGGACGUGAAACCGAUUGCGCAGGUGAGCGCAUACACGUGCGACCGGUGCGGCUGCGAGAUCUUCCAGCCGGUGACGGACAAGCAGUUUGCGCCGCUAGCGAUCUGCCCGUCGGCCGACUGCAAGGCGAACCAGUCGGGCGGACAGUUGCACCCGUCAUCGCGGGCGUCCAAGUUUCUGCCGUUCCAAGAGGUCAAGGUGCAGGAGCUGGCAGAACAGGUGCCGAUCGGGCAGAUUCCGCGCACACUGACGGUGCUGUGCUACGGCAGUCUGGUGCGGCGGAUCAGCCCGGGCGACGUGGUGGACAUUGCGGGCAUCUUCUUGCCGACACCGUACACGGGCUUCAAGGCGAUGCGGGCGGGCUUGCUGACGGACACAUACCUGGAGGCGCACCACGUGGCGCAGCACAAGCGGGCGUAUGAGGACAUGCAGAUCGAGCCACAGCUGGUGCGGCGGAUCGAGCAGUUCCGGCAGUCGGGACACGUGUACGAGUACCUGGCCAAGUCGAUCGCGCCAGAGAUCUUUGGGCACCUGGACGUGAAGAAGGCGCUGCUUCUGCUGCUGGUGGGCGGAGUGACGAAGCAGAUGGGUGACGGGAUGAAGAUCCGCGGCGACAUCAACAUCUGUCUGAUGGGCGACCCGGGUGUGGCCAAGUCGCAGCUGCUCAAGUACAUCAGCAAGGUGGCGCCGCGCGGCGUAUACACAACGGGACGAGGCAGCAGCGGUGUAGGUCUGACGGCGGCGGUGAUGCGCGACCCGGUGACGGACGAGAUGGUGCUGGAGGGUGGGGCGCUGGUGCUGGCGGACAACGGGAUCUGCUGCAUCGACGAGUUUGACAAGAUGGACGAGAACGACCGGACAGCGAUCCACGAGGUGAUGGAGCAGCAGACGAUCAGCAUCAGCAAGGCGGGCAUCUCGACGUCGCUGAACGCGCGCACAUCGAUCCUGGCGGCGGCGAACCCGAUCUACGGCCGGUACAACCCGCGGAUCUCGCCGGUCGAGAACAUUAACCUGCCGGCAGCGCUGCUGUCGCGGUUUGACGUCAUGUUCCUGCUGCUGGACACGCCGUCGCGCGAGACGGACGGACAGCUGGCGAAGCACGUGACCUAUGUGCACAUGCACGGGCGGCAUCCGACGAUUGGGGAGAGCAGUGACGCGGAUGCGGACGUGGUCUUCUCGCCGCACGAGGUGCGGUCAUACGUGGCGCGCGCGCGGACGUUCCGGCCGGUGGUGCCGGAGUCAGUGUCGGACUACAUGGUCAAAACGUACGUGCGGAUGCGCGAGCAGCAGAAGCGGGCGGAGAAGCGCGGGCGCCAAUUCACGCACACAACGCCGCGCACGCUGCUGGGCAUCGUGCGGCUGGCUCAGGCGCUGGCGCGGCUGCGGUUCUGCGACGCCGUCGACCGGUACGACGUGGACGAGGCCCUGCGUCUGAUGGAGGCCAGCAUGGAGACGCUCAAUGCGGAGAGCACAAACAGCGGUGGCGGCCGUCGGGGCAACGCCAGCAGCCGCAUCUACAGCUUUGUCAAGUCGCUGGCGGACUCGGGCGCCUGCCGGCCCGACCGGGAGGAGGACGGGGCGGACGCGGACGAGGACGAGGAAGACAACCACAACAGCGGCGGCAUCGAGCUGAGCCUGCGUCGCGUCAAGGAGCGGGUCAUUGCCAAGGGCUUCACGGAGGACCAAUGGCUGACGGCGCUGGACGAAUACGCCGCGAUCGAUGUCUGGCAAACGGCUGGAAACAUGAGCAGACUGGUGUUCAUCGCGUCGGCCGAGGACGGCGAGGCAGACGACGACGACGACGAGUAA